AUGGAACAAUCAGACAACUUUUUCGAUCAAGAUUCUGAAUUAAUUAUUAAAGAUUAUCACCGUAAAAUUCAAGAAGAAGAAGCUGAAUUUACGCGAGAUCUUAAUGAAUUAAUAAAGAGUCAUGAAGAAAAGAUAAAAGAUUUGAUUCGUGAACGAAAUUGGAAAUUAUCGAAUUUAUAUAAACAGAAUUCAAUAAUUAAUUCUAAGCAAGUGGACAAAACAGAAAUAUCCCUUGAUUCUAAGCAAGCGGACAAAACAGAAAUAUCCCUUGUAGAUUUAGAAAAAAGUUUAGAAAUUAUGUGUAUUAAUAAGAUUAAUAAGACACCUAUUUCUGUUCAAUCUAUAUCUCCACUUUCAAUUUCGUUUCACGAUCUUGAUCCUGAUGCUUAUGAUUGCGACGGAAUAUUGACGUAUUCUCCAUCAGUUGGUACCAAAACAGUUUCGAAUGUUCUAACGGAUUUCACGAUAAUUGAUGAUGACGCCACCUCAAUUUCUCAGACAAACCCUACGAUAUACAACGUCCUUCCACCACUAACAGAACAAAUUAGUAACGAAAAAAAAAAGCCAAAUUAUCAACGAAUGUCAAUUCCUGAAUUGAAGGUGGAAGUGGCAAAAUAUGGUAUCAGACCUUCUGGAAAAGAAACAAUGAUUCGUCAAUUAGAGAUUAUAUGGAACAAU